AUGCGCCCGUCAGCUCUCUUCCCUUUGGCAUGCGCCAUCGUAGCAUUCGUUCUCUCAAUGCUCUGUCUCUUCGCCGGCCAUAAGCCAGGCUUCAUGGAAGAAUAUCACAUCCUCACCCUGAACACCUCUACACUUGGCCACAAUCUCAUCCCCACGACAACUUCCUCAUCCGGCUCCACGCCAACUGCCACCUCGAUCGGAUCGCUCUUCAGUAGUGUUGCCGACAACAUAACCAGUACGAUCGAGGGAGAUAUUGGGGACGACAUUAACAACAUCAUUGGAGAUGUUGCAGAUAAGCUCUCUGCUGAGCUGGGAAUCAAGCAGUGGUAUAGCAUGCACUUGAUGGAUAUGUGUGAGGGAACAUAUACACCGAAUGCCACUGCAAAGGGCGCUCACCUAAAUGUCACAUCUUGCACAAACGAAACAGCUAUGUAUCACUUUAAUAUCACCCAGCAACUAGAGAAAGAACUUGAGCUCGGAAAGCUGCACCUAAACCUCUCCGAUAUCGACUGGCCAAGCAACAUCCAACAAGAUCUGAAUGAUCUUGAUAUCGCCAUCGAUGCCCUCUUUGUCCUGUACUGUAUUGGCAUCGGCGCUGCCGGUUGCGCCAUCAUCGCCGCUCUAAUUGCUUUCUUCUUGCGCGGCUCACGGCUCAUCUCCCUUGGGAACUGGGGACUAGCCUCCAUCUCGUUCCUCGCUCUCCUCAUAGCUUCCAUCAUCAUCACGGUCGUGCAAAUCAAAGCCGUGGAUCUGAUCAACAAAUACGGUAAUGAUAUUGGCGUGUACGCAUAUAAGGGAGGCAAGUAUCUCGCACUUACCUGGGCAGCGGUUGCGCUCAUGUUCCUAGCGAAGAUGGCGUGGGUGGUGGAGUUUUGUGUUGGUAGGGCGAGGCGGAGCAGGGAGUACACGGAGAAGAGAGCAUCGGGUGGAGGAUGGAUAUCGAGACGGAAGAGGAGCGAUGAGGCAGCUCUGAGGUGA